AUGUCUACAUUGAAUGCUCAAGAAUCACGUGAAACAUCAAAUCAUUUCGAUGAGCAAAUGCAAAUAAGUUUAACAUUAAGUAUUUUUACACUUGAUUAUAAAAGAUUGCUGCUGAUUGUUAAAAAUGUAGUUUCAAAAAAUAGAGAAGUUAAAAAAUUAGUUUAUAUCUAUUUAAUGCGUUAUGCUAAAGUGGCAGAAGAUUUUGGUUUACUUUCAAUGUCAACGAGCAUUACAAAUCCAGCAUUGAAAGGUGAAUUGAUUUUAAUUAUUGCUAAUUUAUUUGGAGUUAAUGAUAAUGCUGUAAAAGCUUUGGAACAUAUAUGUCCAAAACAAAUUGAUUUAAUACGUAAAAAUCAUCGACGUUUAUGUAAUCUUCUGGUGGAUAUUGAUGAAUGGAAAUAA